AUGCGACUUUUAGCUUUGUUUGGCGAGAAUACAUUUGCCAACUCGACGAAUCAAUCUCUCUAUUUGCAAACUGACGUGGAUGUUUGUCGUGUCUCGAUUGGUUUGAAAAAUUUAUAUUCCCAACAAAAGGAAAAGAAUCGAUUAUUUAAGUGUUGUGCUCAUUCUCCAAAACAUUCCUACUACCAUUUCUCCACAACUGAAUGA